CGACCCGAUCGCGCGCGCGCGCGCGGAAUACGAACGCGCAUAAAAAUGGUCCUCAAGCGCAUGUUCAGCCGCGGUUCGCUCGGCGAUCUCAACGAGCGUCGAGCGAAGAAACGCUCGCGAACGAACCCCAAGGACCUGCGCGCGCCCGGACGUAAAUUCGUCAUCGUCACCACCGCCGCGCUGCCGUGGAUGACGGGGACGAGCGUUAAUCCGUUGCUCCGAGCGGUGUAUCUGGCGAACGGAGACACCACGCGCGAGGUGACGCUCUUAGUACCGUGGUUGGCGAGAAAGGAUCAGAGGAUCGUCUACCCAAAGCGCGUCGAGUUCAAGACGCCGAGCGAACAAGAGGCGUACAUCAUGGACUGGACCAAAAAACGCGUGGGAUUCGCGCCAAAAAUUUUGAUCGCGUGGUAUCCGGGAAGGUACGCGACGGACAAGGGAAGCAUCGUGCCCGUGGGGGAUAUCACGUUGCGCGUGCCGAAGGCGAGCAGAGACGUGGCGAUACUCGAGGAGCCGGAGCAUUUGUGCUGGUAUCACCCCGGAGCGCGGUGGACGUCGCGGUUUAAGCAUGUGGUUGGAAUCAUUCACACAAAUUACUUGGAAUACGCGCGACGAGAGGAGGAUGGUGAACGUAAGGAGCAGAUACUGCGUUGGAUUAAUCAUUUGACGGCGCGAUGCCACACACACAAGGUCAUCAAAUUGUCGGACGCGGUACAAGAGUUUGCGCGGUCGAUCACGCAAAACGUGCACGGUGUGUCAAAUGGAUUCAUCGAUGCUGGUAGAGAGAAGGCGAAACGAAUCAAGAAGGAAGGCAGCGGGGCGUUUAGUCGCGGGGCGUAUUUCAUCGGAAAGUGCGUUUGGGCGAAAGGAUACUCAGAGUUGAUGCACGUGGUGGGCGAUUUCAACGAAAAGUACGCUAAAAGUGCAAAAGAACGCUUGGAAAUGGACGUAUACGGUGAUGGUGAUGAUUUUGCCGACGUGAAAGCAGCUGUAGCUGAGAAGGCUCUGCCGCUGAGCUUGCUCGGUCGUCUGGAUCACGCGAAUGAGAAAAUUCUCGAUUACAAGGUAUUCAUUAAUCCAUCACUGUCUGACGUCGUCGCGACGACGUCCGCGGAGGCGUUGGCGAUGGGCAAAUUCGUCGUGUGCGCAGAACAUCCGAGCAACGCGUUCUUUGCCACGUUUCCAAAUUGUCGCACGUAUUCCAAUAUGGAUGAGUUUGCAAAGUGCAUUAGAGAAGUCACAACGUCGACGCCAAAACCGAUGACGGAUGAUGAAAUCCAUCGUUUAACGUGGGAAGCAGCGACAGAACGUUUGUUAGACGCCGCU